UUUCCUAAUUUAUUUUAUUGUCAAUCCGAACGCCAAACAGUAAAGAUCAAUAUUUUUCACAGUGAAUUUUUUUUUUAUUUUUUCAUUUACACAAAAUGACAAGCCGCAACACAACCGGAAAACUGCUGGUGGACUUGGUUCAAUGCAUUGAUGAGCCCAUUGGUUACGAGUAUAUCAUGCAGAUGAUGGCGGAUGCCACAGCGCAGAAACUGAGCACACCAGCACGCAGGACUGUGCGUGAAACCCUGGAUGCUGCCGUUAAGCUUGGGUUCCUACAACGCAAUCAACGCGGCAAGUUUAAGGGGUCUCCGCUAGCUCCAGAAACCACGCUCACCAUUUUGACUGCUGAAGAUAUGGCGGAUAACUGCUGUGACAUCGACAAAUCAGUGGACCAUACUUCAGCUGCAUUUAGUGUGGAAGGGGUGACAGGGCGCAAGAAGAACCGUCGCGGGGCACUAAAACUGAUGGACUGUGACAGCUUGAUGACCGCAGCCUCUACUUCUCGUCGUGAACGUAGUGCCCGUCGUGGAAAGUCUGCCAAGGCCCGCAAUAAAAAAAGCGGUGGCCAUUCGAUGGCUAAGGGGCGCAGAUCUGGUGGCGCUUUCUUCAAGUAUUGCGUGAAGCCUAAACCAGGACAUAAGAUAUGUCUGCACUGUCAGCGCAAGAAGGCUCUACAAAAUUAAUACCAAAACAUCCUGAGGCAAACAUCAAAAUUUAGCGUUUAUUUCCAAAUUAAGUAACUCAUUUGUGUUGGUAUUAUUUGAGAGGUUUUCGGAAUUUCGUUUUUAUAUGAAAAUAUUAUUAAAUGUUAUUGCGACAUGUA